GAAACAGUCACUUGUGAAAUACCAAUGGGGAACAUCGAGUCUGAAUGAGCAGAAAUUCAGUUUUUAAAAAACAAACGAGAAGAAAUGUUUGCAGCGAUAAUCACAACCUUGACUCUGUCCGUCUGUGCAGUGGGUGCAGACAAACCUGUCCUUAUCCAGUCCCCGAGCAUACAGCGUGUCACUGAGGGUCACAAGGCGUGGUUUUGCUGUACCAUCAGCAAUAUCAGACCAGAAGACACUGACCUCCACUGGUAUCGGAAACUACCUGGGCAGAACAUGAAGACCAUGGAGUUGGUUUCUAUGCUCAGGGCAAGAAGCAGCACAGAGAAGGAAUACCGUUUGAGUGAGAGGUUCCAGUCCUACAGAGACACGUCCAACAGCAGCUUCACCCUGACAGUCACAGACGUGGUGCACAAUGAUUCUGCCGUCUAUUACUGCAGAGUGUGGGGAGACAUCAACGGGAACGGCGCCCAACUCAUCGUAACCAAUCCCGCGGAUGAUCCCGUCCUUGUGCAGGAUCCACCAAUCAGCAAGGUGCCGGAGGGUGUAACUGUCCAGCUCCACUGUGCCUUGUAUAAUGCCAGUGUGACUGUCACCGAUGUCCAGUGGUACCACCAGCGGCCGGGGAACAAGAGCGAGUGGGCGUUGAGUCACUUUGUGAAUGACUCUGUGAGCAGGUCUGGGUGUAUCUCUGACCGUUUUCAGUCUUACAGGAAUGUCGUGAGUAACAGUUACAUUCUGACCAUCAGUAACACAUCUAUUAGUGACACUGCAGUGUACAACUGCAGUGUGUGGAGUUACAUCUACGGAGGAGGAACACAGCUCAAUGUAACUGGUGCAGACGUUCCUGUCCUUAUCCAGUCCCCGAGCAUACAGCGUGUCACUGAGCGUCACACGGCGUGGUUAUGGUGUACCAUGAGCAAAACCAGGCUGGAAGACACCGACGUCCACUGGUAUCGGAAACUACCUGGGCAGGACAUGGAGUGGGUUUUAACACACAGGGCAGGAGGCAGCCCAGAGAGGGGACGGGGUUUCACUGGGAGGUUCCAGUCCUACAGAGACACGUCCAACAGCAGCUUCACCCUGACAGUCACAGACGUGGUGCACAGUGAUUCUGCCGUCUAUUACUGCAGAGUGUGGGGAGACAUCGACGGGAACGGCACCCAGCUCAUCGUAACCAAUGAAGGUGGGUCUUGGAAAGUCUUGGCCAGUAUUCUCGCCAGUACCCUCAUACUCGUACUCUUAUUCUGCAUCUUAGUAACAACAAUAUGCUAUGUGAAAAAAUGGGCGUGUUUUCAACAGAGAUUGACGCCAGAAGGGUGCUCUACUGAAGAUCUGAACACAGUGCAUGCCACAGUUACAGCUGAAACGGAGAAGAAUACACAGGGGCCCACAAAUGUCACUGUGUCAGAGCAAUCAGAGAUGUUUUAUGCUGAUAUUCAGUUCCUACGGCAGAAGACAGCUCCAAAAAUUGAAGUCACCGAGGAAACAGCUGAAUAUGCCAUCAUCAAACGUGCCCAGUGACUAAAAAUAAUUCUUCAGCAGUAGCAGCAGGUUAUUAAAUAUGUGUGUGCUUCUCGCUGGUAAAAAUCAGCACACGGGACUCCAGAACGUCACACCUCUCAACUUCCACCAACUACAACAUGAUCUUACACUCACCACAUCUUCCCCUCCCCGCCCCUUUCUGCUUUCCACAGGGAUCACUUCCUGGUCUGCCAUCUCUCCCCACCCAUUUCUUUCCAUCUCCAGGGGCUUCUCCUGCAACUGUAGGAGAUCAAACCCAUCACAAAUUCACAGUCAAACAGCAAGGAAACAGGCCAUUUUAAAUAACAUUAAUGUAUCUGCCUCAACCACUCGCCCUGGCAGUUCAUUUCAUAUACUGACCACUCUCCGGAUAGAAACACUGCCCCUCAGGUUCCUAUUAAACCUCUCCCCUCUCACCUUAAACCUGUACUCUCUAGUUCUGGGAAAAAUACUCUACACAUUGAGUAUCUCUGCCCCUUGUGAUUUUAUACACCCCUCAGUCUCCUACACUGCAAUGAAUAAAGCCCCAACCUGCUCAACCACUCUCCAUAACUCAGUCCCCUGAGUCCUGACAAUAUCCUCCACCUCCUCUUUUCCAUUGAAUGAUAUUUGGCCCACAACAAAACUGAAACCAAAUUGGCUUCACUUCCACGUCCACCCUCAGCACCAUCCAGGGCCUGAAACAGCCCUUCCCCUAUGAGGUGGGCAUUAUUGCAUCUCCUCCAGCAUUAGUGGUUGCACCUGGGCCUCCUCUACAUCAGUGAGAACAGGUACAGACGGGGCAAUCGCUUUGUUCAACACCAACAUUCCUUCCUCCAGAAAUGACCCAUUUAUGUCUGUCUCCACUACCUGACAAUCCUUUAAAAUUGUGCAGUAUCUGUGCUUAUUGAAUGGCUUCUGAAACUCCAAAUACAAUGAAUAGACUGGAUUAGAUUUACCCUGCUUCCUACAUCCAUAAAGGAUGGACUGAAACAUUUUCUAAAUGUCCUGAUCCGACUUGGGAAGAUGGAGCCCCCCAUCCGUUGAUCUGGGUCGACCAUGGAUGUUGCAUUCCAGCUGUCUACGUUGGAUACACACGCCAGUCAGAAAGCCACGACAGUACGAAAUGGAGAGUAAGUUGUUGCCUGGGCAGCGGGUUCCCCCUCUCCACACAGCACAUAAAUCCAAAUGAACAGCAGAGACCGAUACCGUUCAGCACCAGUGGUGUCGCAGGAGUUGCCUGUCAGCAUUGAGCUCAAUGUAGUGGCCUUAAAAACUCCAGAUCUGGAUUUUCCUCAGGGUUACUCCCAAUGAUUUCCCCAUGAGUGGGUACAGUCAUGAGGCAGCAGAGGUUUGAGAUCAGAGUUUUCCUUCUCUAUGAACUGCCAACUUCAGCUGACAAGUCCCAUCUCCUGAAGCGAUUGGUUUUAAGACAGCAGUAAACUGCCCUUACCCCUUCUCCUGUCAGUAGAAAUGGUUUCACUGGACUCAGUAGGUAAGCCACAGGUAAUGACAAGAAGCUGAACUUGGUUGUCAGAGGCUAUUUGACAUGUACAAUACUGGGAGCAUUUAUUAGGGAAUGGGAGCUUAUCCCCACUAAACCAUCACCCCACCCUAACACCCACCUGGCUAUGACAACCUUAAAGGAACCCAAGAAAAUAGAUAUCAUUUGCUAACUUUAUAGAGUGUUUUGUAAAUGAAAUACAGAUAACCCCCAUCUUACAGGGAAAUGGGGUGGGGGGUGGAAAGGUAGCAUUUGUUGAAGACAGAACACAUUGCAAAUUUGCUGUAACGUGAAACCUUGUCAACUGCCAAUCCUAUGAGAAAGUGGUUGAGUUUUAAGCUCAAUUAGUGCUGUAAUAUGACUUGUGUUCGGGUAGGUGGGGCUUGUCAGCCUUGGACAGCAGUCCGCCUGGGCGAAGAAAACCUCUGAUUUUAAACCUCCACUGCCUUGCAGCCAUACCCACCCAUGGGGAAGGCUUUGGGAGUAAACCCUGAGGAAGAAAUCUGGGGUCCCUAAGGCAGUUUGAUGUUGUCUACAACUUCACUCUGGCAACCUCUGCAACGACACUGGUACCAAGCUGUAUCGGCGCUUGCCCUUCCCUUGGACGACAUCAGUGAUGUGGAGGGGAGAACCUGCUGCAUGGGCAACAGCCGGUUCUUCAAACCUUCCCACCCAGGCUUGCAUCCUGGAGAGGACACAGUCCACCAGAGGGACAAACCCAUGAUCCCCUGGGAUCGACGCUGCCUACUAAUGAGGCAUGUUUCCUGCUGGUAGAAAAAGAGUUUACUCCCUUAAUUUGUAUUGUGUAAAAAUUGCAAAUGAUUAAUUUUGACAAGAAAAGCAGUGUGCAGCUUGCUUGCAAGUAUUCAUAUUACUGUCAGAGUAUCUUAAUUUGAUGAAAUAAAAUUCUGUGUGUAUUUAUUAAUUAAACAAUGGAAUUUUGAUACUGGAAUGCUAAGUUGUGCAACUCUACCAUUUACAGUCAAUAACAGGACCCCAGGG